AUGACCAGGAAGAGGGACCACGGGACAGGCAAAGCAACAGAAGUCCACUGCAUGCUGCACAUCCACAUUGCCUACGAGUGGAACAAGGAUCCACGUUCCCGUCACACAUGGGAGAAAGAAGGGAGCAAGCUCGGUGUCGCUCAGUGGAAAAGGGGCUCAGAGAUAAAGGUGACACUGAGAAAUGAGUCCCUAGAAAUCCACAGAAGGAAUUUCCCAAGCUGUCGGAACGCGGAAGCAGUCCCUGGACCCUCGAGCUCAUUUGGCGCGCCCGCCAUCCCCAGAGCUCCAGCGGUCCCUGGGGCGCCCGCAGUCACCUGUGGGUUGUCCGGCAGGGCCCCGGGGGCCAGCCCCGCCCCUGCAGCAGGUCAGACGCACCGGAGAAGGCCGGUAACACCUGCUGCCAAGCGCCACCAAUGCCCCUUCCCGGGCUGCACCAAAGCCUACUACAAGUCAUCGCACCUCAAGUCCCACCAGCGGACCCACACGGGUGAGCGCCCUUUCUCCUGCGACUGGCUCGACUGCGACAAGAAGUUUACGCGUUCUGACGAGCUGGCCCGCCACUACAGGACGCACACGGGUGAAAAGCGCUUCUCCUGCCCGCUCUGCCCCAAGCAGUUCUCCCGGAGCGACCACUUGACCAAGCACGCCCGCCGCCAUCCAACUUAUCAUCCCGACAUGAUAGAGUACCGGGGGCGUCGCCGCACAUCCCGCAUGGAUCCACAACCUACCAGUGUGGUGGAAAGCUCCAGCUCUGGCUCCAGCUCUGGCUCUGGCCAGGUGCCCAGCCUCACUACCCACUUGUAGGACAGUCAUUGCUGUCUGUCGUCCCAUCAAGGACGUUUCCCCCCAAGUCUUUGUCCCCGCUUUCUCUCUGCCCAUCCCACUUUUCUAGAGUCAUUAGACCAAGGCACAGACUGAGUCCUCCUCUCUGAGGGUGGGUCCAGACGGGUAUGUGGGACUGUGGGGAGGGACUGGGAGCAAGAAAAUAGUGGAAAUUCUUACAACACAAAUACCAUCCUAAAAGUAGGGAUUGCUUCAAGACAGCCCCCAGGAACUUGUGAGAAGGGAUGAACUCAUGGUACUCUGCAGAGUUUUGAAGAUUCUCCCCACCCUGGAACCAGAAAUGUGAAACUGGAAUUCUCAGACAGCUGAGGAGCUCCCAGUCUCAAAGGACUGGUGUCUCAUUCACCCACCAGGGUGGACUUUGGAGAGGGUAU